AUGAGGAGGCUCGUCCAGGCGGGGUGGGCCAGCAGAUCGUCGACGCCUCGCAUCGCCCCACAAAGAACGACUUGCGCCACCUCGGACGCAACCAUGAACCUCGUCGCCGUCGUCGCAAUCGCAACCACUGCCCUGCUGGCGUCCUCGGGGGCCGAGGCGGGCAUCAUCAAGCUGGACACGUGGCGCGCCCUCUCGGACGACGGCAGGAUCACCUACCGGUGCACCGUCGACCCGAGCGCCAGGUCCUACUUCCUCGGUCCCGCAGGCUGCAAACCGACGGGCGACUGCUACAUGAGCUACGAUGCCCUCUCCAUGACCUGCGAUGCCAUGGGCGGUGGUAUGGACAGCUACGACACGCCCAAAUAG